AAGUGAGCCAGUGCUGAUUGGACAUUGGGAGCUCGAACAGACUUUAAAUUUCAGCAAAAGGCCCAGAGACUGCUUGUCCUGCAGGAGAAGCCACGUUUUCGGCAGGACAAAGAUCCCAGAGAUUCUCAGAGAUGCAAGCUGUCUGUGUGAGACUGCUGCUCCUUUUCAGUGUGACCUGGACAGCUACACAGGAAGAAAAAAGCGAGGAUGAUAUUGCUCCUGCUCAUUUCGACAAGAGAAGAAAGCAGGAGCUGUCAUCUCGUGAAAAUAUUGUGGCGGAAGACAGACAAACCCUGAAGGAAGCUGACAGAGUCAUUCACAAAGAUCAGGCUGGCGAGCACCCAAUGGUGCCCACAUAUCCUGAGUCCACCGGCCCCAGCAGGACCAAGGAUGGAGACAGCGGUAUGAGGAGCCUGCAUGUCCAAGAAUAUGGCACAGCUCUCCUCAGAAACAAGGCUCCAGCUGUAACAAGGCCGGUGACGGUGUUGGAAUGGUGGGAGGGGCAAGACAGUGAGAAGAAUCCUAGAAAUGUUCCCAGAAACGUUCCAGCAGAUGUCAACUAUGCCAAAGCCCGCUCCCAAGGUAAAAAGAGGCAUCAGCCAGGCGCAGGAGGCCGGAGCAACCCAGGGAGGAGCACAGGUGCUGGGCACACCCAGUGCAGUGCUCACUGCCAAACACAGCUCUCCAAUGCGCCAAGAAUCCCCAGAGACUUUGAAGGCAGUGGUUACACAGGUGCCCAAGGGAGAGGAGACAAUGAUGUCUCUCCUUUUAGUGGGGACGGCCAACCUUUUCAGGACAUCCCUGACAAGGGACAAACAGGGCUCUUAGUUCCCGGAGAAGCUGAGACCUCAGACACUGACAGGAGGGGCCUGGGUCCUAAUGAGACCCCGGAGACAGACGGAGGUAGGGACAAUGUCCUUGUGGCCAGGGUGGGGACUGAGAAGGAGGCAGGGGCAGCUGUACCGAGCCUUGGGGAGGGCAGCAGUGACCUCAUGGGCAGUACCAACUUCAGGGACCUCCCAGGGACACAGGGAAACAGAGUGGACAUGGGGAGCCAGAAUGCUCACCGAGGGAAAGUGGAGCUUCACUAUCCAAGCGUGCCCUUCCAGGGGCAAACCAAAGGGGGCGGCGGGGUGGCCUCCAAAAGUGUCGCUCACAAUGAAAUUCCAAAGCACGGCAAAGGCAGUGCUAGAAAAGCGACAGAACCUUCUGGUAGAAACCAAGCGGCCUUAAGUGAAAAACACCAAUUUUUUAGUAGGGGUGAGAGCCAGAGGGGGAUUAUUCCCCCUCGAGGUCUUGAUAAUGAGAUUAAGAAUGAAAUCAGUUCCCACCAUGGCCCCCACAGUGAGGGGAAUGGGGUAACACACAGCAGGAGGAACCUGCAGGCCUCCCGUGGACAGAAUGACACUGUAGGAGGUAAGGCUGGGGCACAAAGGAGAGGGUCCUGGGGUCACAGGAGACCCCAUUCUCACAGGGGGUUUAGCUCCCCUAGGAGCUGGGACAGCAAUGACUCAUCUGACAGCAGCAGCUCAAGUGAGAGCAGUGGUCGCUAGUGUCCUGGGCCUCUGGUCACCUCCCAGGGCAGCAGAAGUGGGCAGCAGAAGAGGGACAGGGGCUUAGCAGGCCUGUAAGCUUGGUCUCCUGCUGUGUGUGUGUGUGGGGGGGUUGCUAGUUUAAUGAUCAUAGUGUGAACUCUAGCCAAGCUCAUAAUGCUUCUUCAAAAUAUACCCACUAAGGAGUGUGUAGCAGGCAGCCUUUGGGUGAGUGUUAUCUGUAACAUUUGUGAGUGUCCCAAUGCCUCUGCUGUGUUUUUUGCUCUGCAGACAUGGAAAUAAACAAUCCAUGACAACCUUA